AUGCCUCCCGGUAUUUUCUCAUCAUUCAUACUCCUACGAAACCGUUCGUUCAAACACAUCAACUCAUCGUCUCGUCUUUCAUACAUCAACAACACAAUCGUUACGCGGCCUCGACAGCAAACUAUGGAUCUCACGAGCAGACAGAUCUGCAUGCCGCGGAAAUUGGCGUAUGGCUACAUCGCCAUCAUUUUCUUAACGCUACUGGCUGUCGGCGUCUUUGAGUGGUUGAAUGCAAAGCGCAUCAUCAGGUUGAUGGGAAUGCUAGAGGAAGUGCAACGGAAUCAGGUGAAGGAGAAGGAAAAUGGCGAACCUAUCAAAAACAGGGUCUUGAUAAACAAGAAGAUGGCAAUGGCAAUGCAGCAAACAGCCAACACAUCAUCUCCCUCAAAUUCUCCCCUCCACUACAAUGUCUUCUCAGCAUCCAUCUAA